CUGCUUCAGUCACACAGAGAGAGCAGGGCGAGAGCAAGAGUGCAAGGGAGAGCAGCACAGCUGGGGGCUGCUGCUGAGGGUGCCCGGUUCCCCAGCUGGGAUGCAGCCGCCUGCGCACCCUGUGCCUGGGCCCCUGGCACUGCUGGACAACACAGAAGGGUUCGGCCGGAGGAAGCGGAUCUCCCUGUGGUUUGUGGGGUCUCUGUUGCUGGUAUCUGCCCUCAUCUUGACCAUCGGCCUCGCUGCCAACACCAGGACGGAGAAUGUGACAGUGGGCGGUUACUACCCUGGCAUCAUUCUGGGCUUUGGCUCUUUCCUGGGAAUCAUUGGCAUCUACCUGGUGGAGAACAGAAGACAAAUGCUGGUGGCAGCCAUCGUGUUCAUCAGCUUUGGUGUGGUGGCCGCCUUCUGCUGCGCCAUCGUGGACGGUGUAUUUGCAGCGCGGCACAUGGAACUGAGGCCCCUCAGCAUGGAAAGGUGCCAGUUCUACUCCAGUGGGGCAGGGUACUUGUAUGAUGUCUACCAGACUGAGGUCACCUGCUACUCCUUGACGGGCAAGUGCCAGUUGAAGGUGAGGAGUAACACCUGCUACUGCUGCGAUCUCUACACGUGUGAGAGCUGUGAGUGCUUCCCCGCAUCUGUGCCAUUGUGGGCCCUGCACGGACACCUGCCACGACCUGAUCCAGCUGGCUCCUCUGUGACCAGCAACUCUACAAGUGCAGAGCUGUCCCCCACCUACUACGAGUUCGUGGGUGUUCACAGCUGUCAGGAUGUAGUCCACCUCUACCGGUUGCUCUGGGUCUCCACGGUGCUGAACAUCUUGGGCCUGUGCAUGGGCAUUGUCACAGCCGCCGUCCUGGGGGCCUUCAAGGACCUGGUUCCCCUGUCACAGCUGGCCUACAGCCCGUCAUCUCCACCUCAGAUCCUCUACAACCCUGCCCAGCAGGUCCUGGCCUACACCAGCUUCUGCUCACCCACAGCCAUGCCCACCUGCUCAUCCUACCCUCUGCCUCUUCAGCCCUCCACUGAGCUCUCCCUGCCUGAGGAUGCCCGGCCUCCCCAGCAGUGCAGCUCCAGCCUCGGGUGCGCCCCCAACGCCCCACCACUCUGCGCUCCAGCCUGCUUCCUCCCAGGGGAGAAGCCACCCCCCUAUGCCCCCUGACUUGGAGGUGCUAGAGUAGAAACACUAUUUGUUUGUUUGUGUUAAAGCCACCUCUAGAGCUCUCACUUCUGCAGCCAACCUACUGGAGAGCCCUGAGAAUGUUCUGGAAGGCCAUGCCCACCCUCCCCUCUGGGUAGGUCCUCAACCAGGCCAGGCCAGGGCAGAGGGAACAGGUCCACUGAGCCCAGCCUCCCUUGCUGGAAAGGACUGCCUGGUGCUUGUUAGUUUGUUAGACCCCCUCCUGUUACAGACAAGCUGUUGUCCAGUGCUUGCAUGCCAGCCCCCUUUCAGGAAAUGUGCAUGUGUGUCCCAAAGAAGACCACCCCACCCUGGCCCUCAUGUCCUCCUGAUAUUUGCUUGGAGUGAAAGUAAGCUUUGGUCAAAUAGCCAAUGCUGCUCUAAAAGGCCAGGGGUUGCCUGAGGUCUGUGUCAUGUCUGUUCAACUCAAAGAGAUCAACCAUACACUGACCAGACCAUCAUCCACCUGACUGCUGCCCCUGUGCCCAGCCCUGUGGUCCUCUGAGCCAUUAGAUGAGUCGGCACCCCGGGCCUCUGUAGCACAGCCUCCCUGCCUGCCAUGGAGGCUGAACAUCCAGCCUCUGCGCCAGUGGGAUGGGGUGGAAGGGCCCCAAGGUCUUCAAUUGAGGGCCCAGGCUGCAGCUGCAGCACAAACGGAGGCCCAGGUUUGGGAACAAGUGAGCACACUUGGAACUGGCCAGAGCCUGAGUUGGUGGACCAGAGUCGCAGAAGAGCUGGGGGCUGGAAUGCACCUCACGUGCACACCUUGGGUGUUGAGGAGACUGGAGAUGCACCCCAAGAGUGUGUCUUGGUCUAUUUGUUCUUUUGAGCUGAAGAAUCUUGUGAGCCAUCACAAGGGCAGGUGGAGCUGCAUCCACCUGAGCCCUAGGGGACUCAGGCCUGGUGUCUCCCAGCAUCUCCAGCAUGAAGAGGAACACUUCGUGGGGGGGGGGAACCACCCAGACCCCCUUGCUGCCUCCCAAAGGCCUCACCCUUCCCCAUUCAUGCUCUGACUCCUCCUGUGAACCCACAGAAGAGCUCCAAGUCUCAUGAACCCCAAAUCUUACAGCCCCCAAAACUGAUGGCCCCCAAAUUUUGCAGCCCCUGAGCCUUGUGGGCCCCAUCUUUCCUUGAUGUCUGGGCUAUAAUAAACCUGGCUCUGCCACCUUCA